AUGCGCACAUCAGACGGCGCUACUGUCCAUAUUACGUGGAGCAAGGAAGUAGCAAAAGAACCUGUGAAAGUAAUCUGCAUGUAUCAAGUUGGCAAUUGCGGCCCUGCUCAAAUGUCACUGUUGGGAACAAUUGAGUUUGAGCCAGGCUUCGUGGUACGCAAGCUUGCGACGGUUAAGAUUGAGACGGUAGUCGCAAUCCUCGUGAAGGAGGACAAAACCCUAGUACGCCGAAAUCAGUUUUCGCAAUCAAAUGUAUCAGCCGCACCACUACAUGUAGAUGUGCGAAUAUUCCCACGUGCCUGCUCGCUGUGCUCAAUUCGAGCGAGUGAUCGACGGGUUGCUUUCUUGUUUGGAGUUGGUGAAGGAAGCCUCGGAUCAAUUGCGUUUUGCAGAUUCAAUGAGUCGUUCACUAGUGUCGAAGCAACGCAAACUAUCGAUAUUGGCGCAUCGUUCGGCAUGGCUGGCCCUCUAGUCGACAUCCUACUGACAGAGCGUUCACUGUGUGUUGUGGACGAAAACGGAGAUAUCCAGUCGUUCGAUGUACGAACUCGACGAACCUCGAAGAAAGCUUCAUGCGGUAACAACAACGUUGAUGGCGACGGCAACUGGGUGGGCGGAUUGCUGAGCUUUGCAGAUGAACUUGUUGUAGGGCGGGCCAAACUCGUUGGAAAAAAGCAGCUGUGCGUAUGCUCCAUUUCCAACGAAGAUCAUCGAGCGCUCCCUUCUGCGGUUCUCGGAAUGGAUAUGCCAUCGACGGAGCUUGCAGUUGGUAGUAUGGGUGACGUGCUGUACGUGGUUAGCGCUAGCGAUGGCACCAUUUACUCGUCACAGCUGAGUGUUACUGUUAGAAGUGAUGCGUAUCGCAUUCAGCGUUCUGGCAAUGGUGCGAAAAGUAGUCAAGGAUGCCUACAAGCUAAUCAGAAAGGGACUGCUACUCAACACUGGCUGCGGCUCUUUUACCACGUAUUUGAAAAAUUUCCCGUGCGAAGUCUUAUCGACAUGUCGAUGAGCCCUGACAAAUUAUUCUCUCUUACCUUGGAAAUUGCAGCUGACGGACAUAGUGAGGAGAAUCAUUUUGCGACGAGUGAUGCAAAAGCAGUGUGUGUGGAGUAUCUUAAUCGUGUGAUGGUCGACUUGCGUCGUCUUAACAAACCUCUGUGUGGACUGGACUUGGUAAAAAACUUAACUUACCGAUGUUCUGAGCUGACUGGAAAUCACACUUGUCUCCAGUUCACAUCGAUGCAGCGUUUUGUUCUAGCACUUGUUUCGUUUGUUCCUGUCCAGAUAUGUCGAGCAGAAGACAACAUGCUCCGACUGCUGCAAAACGGCCAAAAUAUCGCAAAUAGCGCCAAGAGUUUCAGUCCAACAAAUUCUGGUGACGAAGGUGAUGCCAGUGGAACCGACGCAGCGAAGAUUGCACAAACCAUCCGCUUUGGCUUACUCUCUCCACUUCUAGAGUCAUGGAAUGGUCGAUGCGUUGUCGUUACGUCGAUGGGAAAGCAGUCCACCGGAAAAAGUUACUUUCUGAAUCAUCUUACAGGUACGUCGUUUGCCAUUUCAGGCUCACGUUGCACAGAUGGAGCUUGGAUGUCGCUUCGAUUUGUGUCUGCAGAGUUGCUGCUUGUUAUACUAGACUUCGAGGGUUUGGGAUCUUUUGAGCGUUCGGAACAGGAAGAUGUCUUCUUGUCGGUUUUAAAUGCAUCGGUGUCUUUGUUCACGGUCUUCCGGAUGGAAAGUCGAUUUGAUAAAGACAUUGAUGGUUUGUUCUCUCGUUUUCAAAAGGGUGUUCAGCUCAUUAAGAACGACCCACGGCUUUUUCGUGGAUUGUUGUACAUGAGCGUUAAGGACGUCAAUAUGAACGACCGACAAGGCGUCGUUGACGAGCUCGUGGCAAAGCUGGACGCGAUUUUCGAGGCCAAUAAGGAUCAUAAUUUCUUGACGGAAAUGUAUACCGGACAGUUAGAAAUCAACUGCACACCUCCAUUCGGUACGAUGGAUUACUAUCAAUGUAUGGAGAAUGAGGCAGCGCAAGCUCUAUGUAGUAUUGUGUUUCCUUCCGAAGGUGUGCGAACAGGUUUUGUAACAGGCAAGGCUUUUCUGGAUUGCGUACGGAUCGUCUUGGCAAAAAUCUCAAUCUUAGACUGGACAGGUAUGGUCAAAAGCACGCAAAAUUUGGUGGUCGCCGACACAAAGCAGAAGCUCCCUGGAAUACUUCGUACAGGCUGUCACGUUUCGCAACCUUUGGUGGCCGACAAGAUCAUUCCUUCGCAUCUGAAGGAAGAUGUUUUGCAAUGGAUGGCGCUCAACGAUGUUGUACCUCUGGACAGCAUCAGAGAUGAGGAAUUUGAUAUGGGGUUUGAUGUGACCUCACUUACCGGCAAAAACUUGAAAAUUUUGCAGAAGGCGAUUGGUUUGCAUUUCCAGUUUUUGCUCGAUCUACGUGGCAAAGCUUAUGGGACUUCCAAGCUUUCAACGGAAGAUCAAAGUGAUUUUGAUGCCUUUGAAGCCUUCGUAUUGCACCGACGAAAGAAGAAGGUAUCCCUCUGGCUUUUCGGCUCGCUGGGUGAUCAUUUGGCGGCGGUGCGAUCACAGCUCGAACAGCGUUACGCAGAGCCGCUAAUACUUUACAUGUCACGAUGCCAGCAGAGAUGCAUAUGGUGCCAACUUGGAUGUAUGUACUCUGUGACCCACUCGCCCGAGACUGAGCAUAACUGCUGCAUGGACCACAAGUGUCGGGGCCAGUGUGAGUAUGGCGAAUGCCAAACCGAUUUUGAACCUGCGCGAGUUCCCGCGUGCUCUCGAAGUGCAGGACACGAGGGGAAAUGUGAAUGCGAGAAAGGAGAACAUACGUGCGGGCAGCCGUGUUUACUCAUCCGUGCAUCAAAUUGCGACAAGACAUGUGCCAAGCGAGCUGAACACUCUGGUGACCAUUCCUGCUCCGUUCAGGUUCAUAUCUGUGGCGUGACGUGUUCUGCUACAACCUGUACUGCGACUUGUUUGCUAGACGUUCAACGAGAUCACUCAGUGCACAAGUGUGCUGAGGUACAAUGCUUCCAUCCGUGCAUGAUGGAGGGAUGCAAUAAUAUGUGUAGCGAAAAGAACCAUUUCCAUGGGCAACAGGUCGAGUCACGUGCAUUUGCGAAGGAAAACAGUACGGCGGGCGUCGGUGAUCUCUCGAAUAAUGCCGUGGUUACGCACAUGUGCCGCUGCAGCCACGCCUGCGGAGAAAUGUGUACUGUGGAAGGUAUUUGCGAACAAAAAGUUCACUUGAAGAAAUCUGCUCGCACGUACACGGGUGCACGUGGAUCGUUCGAAUAUAUUUAUCAGGAGAUGAAUGGCUGCAAAAAGCGCUGCGCUUACGUAAAACCUAGCGGUGAAGUGAAUCACGAGGGACUUGACCAUACUUGUCUAGUUGAGACCAAUGAAGAAAAGAACGAGCAGCAUACUGUCCACUAUUGUGACGCGCGAUGCCCUUCGUGCAACUAUUACUGCAACAAACACUAUGGCCACAUGGAAUUGCACGCCACUUCCCACGGUAAUAUGCGGCAGACAUACUUCAUUGCAAAAGGGAAUGACAUUGAUGUGGAAGAUCGAAAGUACCAAGUUGGCGAGCGUGGCAUUGCCGAGAUGUGCAAUCUCUUUUGCGCAAAAGUUGGACGCGGUCAUGUCCAUUAUCUCUCCUGUGAGAGCAUCGAUGACGAGAAAUGUGUUUACACAUCAGGCGCCAGCAAAGAUCAUCGCCGUCACUGUGUCGAUAAGUUGUUUCCACCCCCAGGCCGGAAGAUGGAUGAGUUAUUGCACGCUCAGUUCUGGACAGCCAUUGGUUGGGAAGAUCCGUGCAGCGAAGAGGAGCGUAGUGUCUUUGCUAAGUGUGCAUUCCAGUGCAAUGCACCUGAACAUGAAGCAGACGGAAAACUUUCUUACUGCGUCCUGAAUGCUUGGCACGAACCUGAAUUCAAAGAUGACGGAGCUAAUGAUGGUUUUGCUUACGUCGAUGGGCACAAGUUUGGUUGUGUGCACGCUGUCGACACGAGUAAAUUCCACAGCAUCUUUGUUUUGGACAGCUCCGGGUCAAUGCGUGGCAAGCCGUGGAGAGACUUGCUGUGCGCUUGCAACGAGUUUGGCAACAAUCGUUUAAGUGAUGGAGGGGAGGACGAUUUAGUUUCCUACAUUACAUUUGAUGGUACGAGUGACAUUGUUUGCGAAGGUGAGCCUUUACCAGAAGCCUUGAAGUUGGUAGUGCCGUUUACGGGGGGACUCACUAGCUAUCGUGAAGGCCUGCGAGCUGCUAAUGAAGUUCUAUCACGCAACAAUUUUGAGGAGUUCAAGAGCGUGUUGAUUUUUUUUUCGGACGGCCUUCCACACGAUAUCGACUCGGGCAUUACACUUGCUCGACAUAUUCGCUCUACGUACGCCAAGUAUGACUUGAAAGCUUUUGUUGUUGGUUUUGGACGCGUGGAUUUGUCGGUACUACAACGUUUAGCAGUCGAAAUCGGUGGCGAGUAUCAACAGGUAUUGAAUGCCAGUGCAUUGAAGACUGAGUUUCAACGGAUCGCUGCAGUUCUGUGCAACAGUGAGGCGAGCCUCGCGGUGCUGGAGCCGAAUACUAAUUCUGCGUGA